AUGGACAGAAUCAGUGAGUUGCCUGAUGAAUUGGUGACUAAGAUAUUAUCGUUUGCUCCGAUGAAAGUUGCUGUAUCCACUAGCGUUCUGUCUAAGCGAUGGGAGUAUCUUUGGAUGUGGGUGCCUAAGCUCGAGUACAUUCAUUACAAAAACUUAAGUCGUGACAACAAUCGUUCAGUAGCUCCGACCAUAGAAAGCUUGUCCCUUGGUUUUGAUCAUGCGUUGUUUCAACCUGAGGAUAUAAAACUGUGGGUUGAAACUGCAAUCUCUCGCUGCGUACGAGAGCUAAGUAUCUACUGUGGCCCUGACUAUGGCGGAUUCGAAAUCGCAUUGCCGAGUAGUUUAUAUACCUGCAAAUCUCUCUUGGCUUUGAAGCUUGACGGACAUAGCGUUCUCGUGGAUGUUCCUCCAACGGUUUGUCUCCCUUCCUUGAGAACCUUGCAACUUGAACAAGUGAGAUGCUUGAAUCAAGACUCUCUUGGAUCGCUUCUGUCUUGCUGCCCUGUUCUGGAAGAUCUGGCUAUUUCACGACAAGUGGGUGACAAUUUGAAAACGUUGGCUGUUAUUCACCCGUCCUUGCAGAGGUUAACGUUACUGGUAGACGCUUUUUGUCCCCGUGAUGAUGGGAUUGGGAGUGUGAUAGAUACACCGUCUUUGAAGUAUUUCAAAGUUGAGGACCCGAGACCAAGUUUCUCCUAUUCGAUUAAGCAUAUGCCGCAGCUGGAAGAGGCAGAUAUCUUUGUCUCGAAAGGUCUCGGAGAGUUUGUCGAAUCAAUCACAUCUGUCAAACGUCUUUCAUUACAAGUGUUUUCGGACAAUGAACAAGAGUCUAUGUACCGUUCUGGUAUUGUCUUCGACCAGCUUGAACAUCUGAAGCUUCAAUGCCACCGCCAUAAUUGGUCAAAGUUACUUGUCCGGUUGCUCGAUGAUUCUCCUAAACUGUGA